AUGCAACUACAUUCGAAGAAUCUUAAAAAGAGUAGCACAUCAUCGCUCUCGCUUCUUCAAGCCUUUCUUGAUAUAUCCUGUAACGAGGAUGCAGAAGGUCAGAAAACAUCGACGGUUAAGCAGCCAGAGCAGCGGCAGAAGGUGGUUGGGUGGCAAUUUCCGGAAAAGGAAGGCCGAGACGCCCGACGGCUACGAUGGGCUCGAGCCGUGCAUCAACGGUUGAAACGCAACCCGUACAUCGUGGACGACGAGAGGGUGCAAGGAAAGGCAUUGUUUACGCCGGAGCAGCUUAUAGCGGAGCUGAAACAGUGCGUGAGCCGACAGGGACUCGGCACUGCUACCCAGCAGCAACAGCAGCAGCAGCAGCAGCAGCAGCAGCAGCAGCAGCAGCAGCAGCAGCAGCAGCAGCAGCAGCAGCAGCAGCAGCAGCAGCAGCAGCAGCAGCAGCAGCAGCAGCAGCAUCAGCGUCAGCAGGGAGACGAGACGGCAGCCGUCAACGCGGCACUCGCAGAGGAAAAACUACGGCUUCGGUUGCUCCUCUCGCUGCUCCACUCCGGACCCCCCAAUCUCCUCCCGCCGAUCACUGAAGAUACAUCCGCCGCCGACGAAUCAACAGAAAGUCACGGAGUCGAGUCCGCGUGUGGCGACGACGGGGCGCAGAGCGACGACGAGGUGCUGAGCGACGACCUUUCGCUGACGAUUGACGCCCUCGGCGAAGCCUUGCUAGUAGACGCUGCGCCCGCGCAAACCGGUGCACGUGCGGAUGUGGAGGAACUCGCGUCGUUCUUGGCGCUCCCCCGGCCGUACCAGGCGCAGCCUUCCGCGAGAACUCUCCGCCGUCUCCGCUCCCCUAAGCGCAAUGCCUUUCCGCGCACUGUGGGCGCAGAGGCGGAGGUCCUGGCGGAGAAAGAUCCCGUGAUUGCGCUCGCGAGGGGGUACGCGACCAGGCAGCGCACGCCUGAAGGCACCCAACACCAGCUGGAGGAGUGGCUGGGCAAUGCGGAAACUGCAAGUGCCAUUGCGGCUUUCAUUCCGUUGGUAGCUGGCGGCAGCAGCAACUGUCAAUACGAGUGCGCCGGCUAUGGCUCCGCUUGCUACAACGCUUGCCAGGAUUGCAUCGUUACGACUCCUUCAGGCUGCACAACCUACUAUUCAGCUUACAGCGGCUGCUACUAUGGCUGUGGGUGGCGGUGGACAUGGUGGGGUUCCCUUAUAGUCACCCUUGUCAUCCUCGUGUUUUCUUGCGGCAUCGGUGCAUGCGUGUACAACGCCAAGAGAAAGCGCCGCAUGCAACAAGAGCAGGAAAUGGCCGCCUGGGCAUCGCAGCAGGGGCAGCAAUACCAGCAAUCAGGAGGUGGACCAGAACCAGUGCCUGGUUACCCUGUUACAGGAGCGCCGCCUGGUGGUUACCCGUACCCUCCUCCCCCUCCUGGUGGUUACCCUCCUCCCCCUCCAGGUGGUUACCCUCCUCCCCCACCAGGGGGCUACCCCCCUCCCCCGCCAGGGGGUUACCCGCCUCUGCCCCCAGGGGGUUAUCCCCCUCCUCCGCCAGGUGGUUAUCCACAGCAACCAGCAGGGGGUGCAUGCGCCCCUCCAUCGUCCUCCGCUCCGCCUGUAUAG